CGGGCAAACCUAUACGUGUUUGAUAAUUGACACCCUCCCAGAACAUACAAGGGGACUUCGUAAAGGAUCUGCCGGAUGAGUGGAUGCCCACCCGUACGUGAGAGGACUCUCACGCCAUUGCAAAUGAUCAUUUCGGAUUAUAUACAUAGCAGUUUCCAUUUGCCCCAUUCAUUGGCUGGUCAAUGUCGUAAUCUUACCACAGGUCCAUUAUUAUUUACUUUCAGAAUAUAAUAAAAGCCAAUCUAUAUUACUAUAUUAUAUUAUUGACUAAUACUUCCGAUUCCAAUAUCAGAGCUUGCACACUUCCCCCGUGUAUUAUUUACCGCUUUCCUUCUGCUGCCUUCUGUUCUCAGAAAAAUGCUCAAAAAUUGGUCUUUUCACAACCAGAAGGUUGCAUAUAUUUGCACGAGAAUGUGAAUUAGUCAGCUAGUCAACAUCUCGGGGGCAGGGUUCCAAUCAAACACCGUAUAUCUAAUCCUCUGCUUCUCAGUUCCCUGUAACUCCUCCUUUAAGCUGACAUAUCUAAAUAGGCUUCUCUCAUGGCUGAUUUGUCAUGGUUCGUGUUCCUCUUCCUCUUCGUUCAUUAUCCCACAGCAACAAGCUUUCACGUCUGCGAGACCUAUUGCGCCGUGAACGAAACUCCAAUUCAGUUCCCUUUCCAGUUGGUCAGAGACGAAGCGAAUCAAAGCAGUCGUUGUGGAUACCCUGGUUUUGAACUUUCCUGCAACAAGAGCCGAACGAUGCUUCAUCUCCCACACUCUGGAGACUUCCUGGUGGACUCGAUCUCUUAUGAAGAUCAAAAGCUUUGGAUCAGAGACCCUGAUGAUUGCCUCCCCAGACGAUUCCUGAACAACGACUUCAACCUCACAGAUUCCCGCUUCCAACUCACCAAUGAUUAUAGUCUUCUCAAUUUCACCUUUUUCAAAUGCUCCUCCAACGUCACCCAGCAGUACCCACUCCGACCCAUCUCAUGCUUAAGCUCCGACCUCGACCAAAACCAUUCGGUGGUCGCCGUGUUGUCGGAUCCUCGCUUUUCUACGCUGUCGGAGGAACAGUGCGAGGUUAUUUCCUCAGCUUCGAUUCCUUAUUCCUUUACCAGUGGACUGUACUGGAUGAACCUGAACGAUGAUAUAGUCUUGCAAUGGAACACGCCAAACUGUGGAGACUGUAUGGCGAAGAAAGGACGGUGCGAGUUCUUGAGGGGUACAGGUCUUGAAAUAGCUUGCUAUUUACCACACCAAGAUACUGAUUGUGAAGGUGGUCUUUCAAAGUUUGCCAAGUACGGUUAAGCUUUGGCGUGGGAAUACCUGGACUGCUCUGCGUGAUUGGGAUCGUGUUGAUGUGUAGAGGGAAGAGAAGAGAGAACGAAGAGCGAAGGCAGGGGAGAAAUAUGGAACUAAAUAUUGCUGGCAGGUCCUCUGUAGUAGUUAUGGGGCUUGAUGGAGCAACCAUAGAGAAGUAUCCGAUGACCCGCAUUGGUGAUAGUGGAAGACUGCCCGACCCGAACAACAACGUGUGCUCUAUAUGUCUCAGUGACUACCAACCCGAGGACACGUUAAGGACUAUCCCAGAUUGCAAUCACUACUUUCACGCCCAAUGCAUAGAUGGAUGGCUCCGCAUGAAUGCUACUUGUCCCUUGUGUCGAAAAUUACCCCACUCUUAAUGCAAUCAAUCACAUGCAUUCAUACAGUUCCUUA